CUAUUGCAUUGGGAUGGGAGCUUCCCUCUCUUUCCAAAAGGCAGUUGGCAUUUUUGUUGAGACCAUGGAAUGAGAGGAAAAGGCUACCCCAUCCACGCCUCCCCACCCCUUUGUGCUGCUAUACUGAACAAGAGACUCAGUGCCUACAGUGAACAGGAAUGGGGCCACACGAGGGCAGCAUAAGCCCAGGAAAGGAGCCUGUAACUGGAGAAGGACGAGGGUGGGAUUUCUUUAAUGGAGGAGAACUGGGAUUCCCAGCAUGCAACAAUUGGAUAGCUUUAUCCUUCAAAUCCCAAGCUUUUGAGAAGAGUGGCGGAAAAUGACAGACCAAAGGGGGGAUGCACCAAAGAAACAGGUACGGACCCCUAAAGCUUUUGCCAGGAUCCCUGCUCUAUUCAUAAGUUAAUUAAAUUUCUAACACACUUUACCAGGGCGCUAAGAAAAUAAUAGCCCCGGCUCCCAGUAUUCAGAUACCUUCCUGUCUCAUUUCUUUGGCAGAGUGGAUCACAGUCUUACCAAAUUGAACAUCAACAAACAGAAGAACAUCAAGAAAAUGAAUGUGCAUAUGUGUGUGUGUGGGGGAUAGAUCUCAAAAAAUGUAUAAGACCCGUGCUCCUAUUACUUUUAACAGUAGUUUAAUCGGCUGGCAUUAACAGCUGACAAACCCCCAGGCCAUGAAAAGCUUCCCUUAUUGAUCUCUGCAGAUGGAGCUCCUGUUAAAGUUACUCAAGGAUUAUUUCCUCUUAAGCAGCUGGCUAUCUAAUGUAUGCUUGCUUUCCUAUAGAGCCAGAGCAGCUCGUUUUUUGAGAAAGGUUUCUAACCUUUUUUUAGCUAUAAACUUUGAAGGAAGCAACAGUGUUCAAAGUCUGCGCGGCACAAGCAAGCUAUGACGACACUUUCAACUUUGGGAGGGGGGCAGAAUUGAGUUUUACCUUCCCCGGAACUUUCACUUUCAUUUGCUGUGCCAUGCCAAAGAGGACAACCGCAGCAAGGAAGGAGCGCUCACAGCUCAUGACACUUUGCAGAAACUGGUCAGCCCCAUCUUUGCUUCUUCAAUCCAAUCAGAAGAGAAUUGACUCACCUUCUCCUAGAGACCAUUUUUCCUCCUUCCGUAAACCUUUGACUGGAAGGGGCCAAGAUGUCCAACAGUGUCUGCUGCAAAUUGGUGGACUACUUGGACGAGCUCACAGAGGAGGAAUUCAAGAGAUUUAAGAUGCACCUCGAAGACUACCCACUGGAGCAAGGCUACAAGCCAAUCCGGCACUGUAAGACUGAGAAGGCCGACCUCACUGAAAUAGCACGGCUCAUGGUCAGGGCCUAUGAGGAGGCGAAAGCAUUGCAGAUGACAGUCAACAUCCUCGACCGAAUAAAUAGAAAGGAUCUGUCGGCAAAAGUCAAACAAGAGAUGUCAGCAUUUUUUCUGCAGCCUACGAAAGCAGUGGCCUCGACCAGGGAAGAAAAAAGAAAACGGGAAGAAAGGUUGCUGUCCAGUAUCACUGACAAGUUUUGCGGGACUCAAAAGAAAGUGGAAGUCACACUGGAUCCCAAGACAGCCUUCCCUACCCUCAUCCUUUCUGAAGAUCGGAAAAGUGUGUACCUGGGCAGGCAGGCCCAGGUUCUUCCUGACAACCCUGAGCGCUUCAAUUUUUCGCCAUGUGUCCUUGGAGCAGAAGGCAUCACCUCUGGGACUAUGGAAUGGGUGGUAGAGGUGGGCAAGGCCAAAGCAUGGGCCAUCGGGGCAGUCCGGGAAUCCAUAGGGAGAAAAUGGUACCAAUGCAUCAGAGUUACUGAGGGGUUUUGGGCACUGCAGCUGACUGAGGGAGAAUACAUGGCCUCUACCUCUCCUUCCACUGUCCUUCCACUGUGGAAAUCCCCGCGACGGAUCAAGAUACUCCUGGAGUACGAUUUUGAAAUCCUCUCCUUUUAUGACGCCGACUCCAUGGAACUUAUCUAUACUUUCAACUAUCCUUUCUCUGAGAGGAUGUUUCCCUUUUUCCAGGUCUGGGAUACUGAGAUCCCCCUGAAAAUCUCAUAAGGGCACAUUUUUAAGAUGACUUAGACUGCAAUCCUGCACUAGAGCUGUGUACACGUUCCUGUUUGCUCCGCAACCAGUGUGCUUUCAUCACUGGCUUGGGAGCAGUGUACACAACAUUAGUUACAAUCCAUAUGUGGUUUCUUAGGAAAUAAUCACAAUUUGAUGCGUUUCCCGCCAAACCUGCCUGGAUUCAAAUUGAGGAACCAGGACAACCUAGUAAUGUGUACACAGCCUUAGAUGUGGCAAGAAACAGUGAAUCCACCAACCAAUUAUGAAAUUGAGCCAGUAAUUUAAGGAGAGAUGAGUUUGUGAAAUGGCCCCUCACCUGGUUCCUGGUACCGACCAAAGAGGAAUGGCUAUGUAAAUUAUGUGAAUAUUUGGAACUGGCCAAAUUGAUGGAUAGAAUAAGACUAAAGCCAAUGUAUACAGUCAAGAAGGAAUGGAAGUGCCUGAAUGAUUAUUUAUAAAUACAAGGUUCUAAUGUAAAAAAUUGGCUGUGUUUAGAAUGACCUCGUGAAUGGAAAAGGGGAAACAUACCUAUAUAUUAAGAUAAAAAUAAUACUGAAAUACAGAUAAAAUACGAAAUGUGAAAGGAAGUGUUGUGAGAGUGAUGGAAGUCUUAUUACUAUUAUCAUUUUGUAAAAUAGUGUUUAUUGUAUUGAAAUAUUAUACUUUUUUAUUUUUUUACUGUCUACCUUUCUUUGCUC